AUGAAUAAAUCUAAUUUCUUGAUAGUAUUAUCGUUAUUGAUAUUGUAUUUCAUCUUGGUCAAAGGACAAUAUGAUAAAUCAGUAAAUAAAACAUAUACUAUUUUAAAUCAUCUAGAAAAAGAAGAAGGUCUUAAAGCUUAUAGAUUGUUAAUAAAUAAAAAUGGUGGAUCAUUAAUCAUAAUGGUUAAAUGGGUGAAUUCAAGUUGUAUUGAACCUAGGAUAAUCUUUCGAGUGUUAAAAAAAGAGGGUGGUGAAAUUAAAUCGGUAGAAAUUCCAAAUUAUUAUAUACCAGAUUUUAAUUUUUGUUUGACAAAGAAUUUUGAGGGAGUGGAUGAAAUGAUUGUAAAAUGGUAUGCUUUGCAGCCAAAUCAACUUUUAAUCACUUAUUUAAAUUCUAGCGAGAUCAACGAGGCAACUUAUUAUGGCCUUUUGUUUUCUCUGACAGGAGAUUAUAUAAAUACGAUCAUUUUAUCAAAGGCGUAUAGACAACGUGAGAAAUUAUUGCCCAAUGCAAAGGUGGUUGUAAAUUUUCAACAGGGUGGAGGAUUUUUGUUCGUCGAUUACUUAUCGAACACAUAUAAUAUACACUGGAUUCAUUUUAGUGAUCCGGAUGAAAUUGGAACAUGUAAUGUCAUACAAUAUGGAAUGAUAGAACAAACUGCAAGCAUCAAGAAUAAAAUACCAAUGCAUUACGAUGCAUUUUCAUUAAUGUUGGAAGGAGGGUUUGGUAUAAUAUUCUCAAAUAGGUCAAAACCAUUAAUAAUGAACAAAGAUGAUAAUAGUAUUGUUUCAGAUGUUGAAAACCUACAAUGGAAAUACAAAAUGAUUUCAAAUUUGAAUGAAUAUAUUACCGAUCCCCCUUUACACGUUUAUGUUACAAUGAUUAAUAAUGCAGGAAAUAAUGAAAUUAUUGGGCCAUUUCUUAUUUAUCAAACUCCUUUACCAGAUCUUAGAGUUGAUUAUAUGGUUUGUGAUGUUGCUUACGUUAGUGUAGGAUACAUUUGUAUACUUGAAUUAACUAGUAGCACUAAUCAAUCAUAUUGGUUUAAAUUAUCUUUCUUGUCUUAUGGGUCGGUAAGUCGUAUUGAUAAGAUAGUAGCAGAUUUAGAAAUGCAAGGAGUACGUAAAGUAGAAUUCAAAGCGUUAUGGUCAGGAGGAUAUAUAGCAACGCUUAAGAAAAACAAUACGUUUGAUAAUAAUACUGAAAAUCUAAUAGGAUAUAUAUUAGAUAAUAAUGGAAUAUAUUCUUCGAAAUGGGAUUUUCCUGAUGAUUUAAUUGUACCAAAAUCGGCGCAAAUGCAAAUUUAUAAAAAUAAUAGUUGUUCAUUACUUUUACAAAAUCAAAAUAAUUCAUGGAGUAUUCUAUUAUGGACACAUUUUCCUAUGUCUAAAACCUUAUCCAAAAUAUUUAAAUCAAAAAAUGUGUCCAAACAAAACCCAACAGUGCUGCCUAAACUCGUGAAAGAUUACGGAUACGAUAAUCCAAACAUAAUAGCAACUUAUCCACCAAAUAAUGCAGUAAUUCCAUUACGAACACAAAUGCUUAGAAUAUUUUUUAAGAUUAGAGUCGAACUUUCGAGCAAAUAUAUUUCAAUAUAUAGAUCAACAAAUACCGAAGAUAUCUUUCGACAAAAAAUGAUUGCAAAUGAUAAAUAUGUUACAUUAAGUGAUGAUGGCAGGACGCUAAAUAUACAGGUCUUGGAAAGUACUUUCAAUACUCCUAAUGCUGGAUAUUUUGUUAGACUCGAAUAUAAUUCGAUCAAAGAUGCUGAUAAUAAAGAACCUUUAUUUGGAAUUAAAGCAAAUAUCUGGCGGUUAAAUACAAUCGAUGAAAAACCAAACACGGACGUUUUUCCUCCUUCAAUAAAGGGAAUGUUAAGAUUAACUUCAAAUGGAACAAAAUAUUUUGAAUCUUUACCGUCAAAUGGACGAGAUGAAUUUUUACAAAAUUUACUAAAAUGUGCUUCAGAUUCAGUGCCAGUUGAUAUUCAUAGAUUAUCAUUAACAAAGUGCUGUCAGUAUGAUGAAGCACUAUCUAAAAAAGAGAAACAAUUAAUCAUUGGCAUAAGAAUAGCUCAAACUAAAGAUUGGAAUUUACCAAAUACUGAUCAAAUUAAGAAAGAUCUUGAUAUUAUGAUUAAAAGUCCUAUUUCUUACAUGAGACAAUGCAAUGGAUCGGAACAUAUCGAUGGAGCUUUUGGUGAUUUCUUUGAAGAGAAGAAAUUUGAACUUCUUGGAGUUGGAACAACUUUUGGUCUAAUAUCUGCCAAUUUGUUUGCCUUAAUAAGGACAGCUUUUUCUUUAGUUGAUUUUGUUGUGGAUUUUCUGUUUUUAAUUAACAAUGCUCCUAACGUACCUUCGCUUUAUGUUCCGACUAUUAAAUUGUUAACUAAAGAAAUAACAACAAAUCCUUCGUUUUAUGAAUGGGUUAAAGAAUGUACUGGUAUAUUAGGGAUAUUCACUCUAAUGUCGUGUAUGGAAAUUGAAAUAUUAAAUCUUCUUGUAUCAAAUAUUGGUGGACUAAAGUAUUUUAAUGCUCCUUUAACUGAUUAUUCAUUAAAAUUGAUUUUUAGAAUAAGUUCACUUUGUUUCUUUAUUGAGGAUAUUCCUCAACUCGUAAUCAUGAUGAUUUAUACGCAGAAAAUUGUUAAAUAUGAUAUUAUUCAAGUAGUUGCGGUUUUGUCAAGUGUUUUGGUUGUAUUAUUAGGUCUUAUUACAAGAAUUUAUAAAGCUCUUUUGCAUUUUAAGUUAGUAAAACAAUUCUCUACAUUCACAGAGAAAUUUGAUGAAAUUCAAACUUUGGAAAGCGAUAAGCGAUGA